GAAAAUUAGAAUUUACUUGGUCAAUAAUUACACCAUCUACAUGGGACUGGAUUGGAUUAUAUGAAGACGAUAGCCAAUCAAAUAGAGAAUGGCUCGAUGGGCAUUGGUUCUAUAUAAGUAAUCAUAGCAACCGUUCGACUCUUCCUGAUGGUCGAUAUGUAUAUUCUGGAAGUCAUUGGAUUGGAACUGUUUCUGGAAUGAAUCAGAUCAGGCUAAACACCUAUGAAGUUUACGGAGAAUAUAAAACUUAUUCAUAUGCCAAUGUAUACAAUCCU